AUGUCACCCUCGGGACAUUCAAGCGGUAGUCGCUUGCCGGUUGCUCCUGCCAUGGGCGAUAGCCUAGCUUUUGACGUUCAAAGUUUUCAUUCUGUCGCCGCUGCGGAGCAGCAUUCCUCGAACAUCCUCAUCAUCACAAUGUACAGUACCCCAGCAACGAGCCUCGAUCAGAAUGUCCCCAAGCACGGACCAAAGAGCGAGUCCACAACUGACACCAGACGCAACUCCUGGUUGCAGUAUCACUCGAGGCAUACAUCAAAUCCAUUCUUCCUUAGCAGGCGUGCAAGAGAACAAGGAGGUAUCCAUAGGGACAAGAGAUCAGGACGGCAGUCAGUGGCUCUCGAUGAGCCAUCAAACGACUUGGAGGGCGGCCUUCUUACGAACAAACCUGAUUCGCUUCUUGUUCAUAUCCCUGGCAUCUCUGAAGAAGUCACUUCAGACGAAACUCCGAGCCAUAGAAAGAAGGUAAAAGUACCCGACCUUCCACACAAUGUGAAGACUCCUUUUCGCCUUGGGAACAGGCCCUUGCCACAAGUUGAUAUAACUACACCAACAUAUCCUACGAGUUCGGCUGGUCAUUCGCCAAAUCUGCUUGAUGACGGUCUUGUGCAGCAGAAUCUUUCGUAUGAGGAAGGCAUCGUGCGAAGAAGCAUUAUGCGGACAGUAAGUCACGAGGAUUACCUUCUCGCACGAGGAGCGAAUCCUCGUACAGGUGUCGUGACUCCGAUUUUGCAGGGCGGAAGUAGCUCAACCGACGACCAGGAUCUCCUCAGAGUCAGAGAGAUGCCUCAACACCCAAAAUGGCGAUUGAAGGGUGAUCAAUGGGUCAGCUUGAGUCUAGACGAGCCCACUCCUCUGCCCAGUCCUCCGUCCGAACCAGACAACCGUCAACCUGGGAGGCUAUUGCGGAUACCACCCAAGCUGACACACGGGAGAAAUAGAGAUAUGAAGACCUCCGAACAGCAAAGAAUCGGUGAAUGGACGGCAGCAGAUGACAGAAGUGCACCUUUUCAGCAAACAGGACAGCAGAACAAGAGAGAUAUCUCAACUUCUGACGUAAAAACGAAUCGUACUAAAGCUAUUGUCGUUCCGGCGAGAUCGCUUCCGAGAGAUCAGGGUAGAUCUGGCCAAAAACCCGUGAUCAAGAGGAAGCCUUUGGGAACUCCACCUCGACAGCAGUCGGUUGAGAUUCUCUCGCGCAGAGAUGACUUGCCAGAGGCAAGCACAGAGACGGUGAUUACCAAGACAGGUCCUAUAGAGCAGAUACGAUCUUCCUCAAUGCCUACGCCUCGAAAGAUUCGUUUCUUCCGACCCGAAGAUGUUGGUAAAGCAUUGCCUGCUCUACCUGAGUCCACUGCCGAUGACCAUGAACAUUUGAAGGCAGAGUCUCCAUCCAAGGCAAUGCCUUUUUUAGGCCUGCGACCGGGCGGCGGGACAGCAGAUGUCUUGAUUCGCCCCACCUUGAUCAGUCACCGUUCAAGGAAAGGGCUCCCAUGUCAGCCGACGAACGAUAUCCAAUUCCGGUCUCAUCGCUUGGAAAAUAUAGAGACAAGGCGCCCGCCCGCAAUGACAAUGCCCACGCAGACCAGCAAACCCGAGAAUCAUUCGCGCAAGGUAAAUUUUCUACCGAAUACCGAGGGGAGAAACACGGCUCUGCCACGGCGCCCGCCCAUGAUACCACCGAGAGACUAUCGACCCGCCAGGUUGAUACAUGCAGAGCAGCAAGCCGGGCAACAGAGUGUAAUGGAAGUCUUCGAUGCAAGCCCUUCGAAGCAUGCGCAGCCAACGCCACAGGCGCACACAACAAACCUGAACAGCCAGAUGAUAGCGAAGAUGACAGGGGCAGAAGCCAUCAAUGCGCACACUCAUCCAUCCACUAUCACACCCACUAUCACACCCACCACCACCACAGUGCCGCUUUCACCGGAGGACAAGCUGGUGGAUUCGAGCUGGAGAGAGAUACCUUCGCCAUUGCGCCUGGGACGACAAAGAGCCAACACAAUAUCACGUCCAGCAAUGCCAGGAAGAGCCGAAGGGACGCAGAACGUUCCGAAAGUGAGCCCGCAAAGGGAAGUACCAGGGCAGUACCAGAAGAGAAUGACUGGUAUGAGCGACAGCAGCGUGUCGGCAAACAACACACCAGUGGAAGGGAGUCCGGAGCGCGAUCUCAUUCCCCGCCCCCUCAGACUAAGCAACGGAAACACAGCAGAUCUCGACCGGCUCCGAGAAGUACGAGCAAAGGGCGCCACAGACGCAGGUCAACCGAUGGCGACCUGUGCACGUUGCCAAGAAUGCUCCUUGGGCGACAAGCGACUAAAUACGCAUGGAUUCACCCAUACGCGAGGGAGCCCACUGGAGGAGAACAUUGACCCUCAGGUCGACUUGAGUUGUACUUCCGGCUUCUUGCAAGGCACUCGGGCCGAUCACGCGGGGUGUUGCCCAGAAUGCUGUGUGGUUGGCUGUCAUGGAAGCUGUCUGGGACACAGGUCUCCAUCUGUGGAUGGGUCUGCCUCCGGGCUCGCAGGGAGCUUCAGCGCAGUGAAGGAAGCCUUUCGCAAUUCCAUGAAGCUUAGCAGAAGGACCCGAACUCGGACAAGCGCGGGUGGUUCCCAAGAGACUGAAACCGAAGAAGUGGCCGAGCUGGAGACCCCAACGCCCUGGGAGAUGGGUGGACCGGUCAGCUUGGGGUUGCCAUGUAAGGUGGGCCCUCAAACCUUCUGGGGUGGCGGUGGCGGCGGUGGCAGCGAUGCAAGGGAUAGCAAGGAAGGGAAAAGGAUCGCCAGCAAUGCCUCGGGCUCAAGUGUCAAGACUUUGGAUAUGCCAACUAAUGCUAGCAUCGGAACAAUCGUGGAAGCUCUUGUCGUACCAUUCGGCGCGUUGAAGAUGUGGCUGAAGAAGCAUCCGCAGCUACUUGCUCUCAUGCAGCUGAUCGUGGUAAAACUGUUGGAGAUGAGCAAGCACGUAUUCGACACCGCAGGUAGGGCUUACCGGGUAGCCUAUAUCUACUCGAAGACUGGUAGGAUCAGUCCUGGCAAGAGCAGCUCUGUCGGCGGUUUCGUCAGGGACUGUGUCAAAGCGGUGGUAUACUGUCUGAUCCUUGGAGCGGUGGCCAUGAUGGUGGGGAGGGUGCUUGCUGUGUUCGCCAGGGCCGGGAGCUGGCUGGUCUGGUCUCUGAGUUGGGUUGUGUGGAUCGUGAAGGCGGUUGGACUGGGGAUAUUCUGGUAG